AUGGUGACAACUUGCGCAGCUACGCCAAUUUUUUACUUAAAUCCUGAAACAAUGCUCGCCCAUCCAGCUGUUAUAAUUAAUUCUGCGAUGGAAGAUAAUUUACCUUAUCAAUUACGAAAUGAUUUCUAUAAAGAUCCAAGUAUCGCUGCUGGUCUCGCUAAGGAAUCCUGGUUUAUCGAUAAGGAAAUGCAGGUAAUCGAACGAGAAGCAGACAAAAUCCCAAAGGAAAAAAUUUACAAUGUGUUACAUAACGCUGGACUCGUUCGCAGAUAA